UCUCCAAUGAUUGUUAAUCGCGAACUGCAUCGAUUGCUAAAACUAACCUCAAAUGUUGUAGACUAAAGUGCAAAAUUAACUCAAUUUACUUUUAAAUUUAGUUAUUUAACGAUGGAAGUAGAAUUUAACAAUUGUCCAGACAAGAACACAAAAAACCUUGUCAAACAGAAGUCAAAGAAAGCAAUAAAACAAAAUAUACCGAAAGGAAAACCUAAAUCAGGACGGAUUUGGAAAACUGAAAAAAAAAAGUUUUCAUCAAUAAUUAAGACAAAAGGUUUAAAAAGUUCCUUUGAAAAAAAACAGCUAUUGAGAGAAGAACUUAAAAGAGUGAAAGAAGCAUCUAGGGCUAUUUUAGCUGCUAAACAGGAAGAAAAACAGCUGAAAAAAGAAAGAAGAAGGGAAAACCUUAAAAGACAAGAAGAAAACAGAAAGAAAUCAGAAGUUGUUCAAAUCAUUAAAAAUCCUGCUAAAAUAAAGCGAAUGAAACGUAAACAACUUAGGUUCAUUGAAAAAAGAGACACAACAAAUAUGUAAAAUAAAAUAAAAGUAUGUUUAUUAAAAAUUAUUUUUGUUU